CCCUCUUUGAUGCAGGUUUGACAAGAAAACAGGCAUUUCACAUCAAUUCAACCACAUCCAUAAACGUGGACAUGAUGUCUAUCCAUGCACAGAAGUUUCAUUAUAAGCGACUAGAUAAUCUUAAAACAACUGUACUGGAGCUUCCCUAUGUUGGAGACAGAUAUAGUAUGUUCAUUCUACUUCCUGAUGCCAUUGAUGGUCUUACUGCUCUGGAAUCCGGACUCGAUGCUCAAUCUCUUGACUCUGCUAUUCAAAACUUGACUCACAGACGUGCCUACAAGCUAACUAUGCCAAGAAUAAACAUUGAAAAAAAACUAAAUCUCAAAGAAUCUGUUAAAGCUUUGGGAAUCCAAAAGCUAUUUGGCGAUAAUGCAGACCUCAGUGGAAUGUUUCACCAACCAGGGAUAUUUGUAAAAAACAUAAUCCAGCAAGCUGUUAUAGAAAUCAGCGAGAACGGAACAAGGGCCUCUGUUGCGACUGAAUUGGCUUUUGGCGGUUUUCUUAUGAGCAUACCGAUACCUCAUUUCAGUAUAAAUCGCCCUUUCAUGUUCGUGUUGAGGGACAAAACUAUUGGUGUUAAUUUGUUCUAUGGAAGAUACACUGACCCAAGAAUUAAAUAG